AUGUCACGAAACUUGGCAGAAAGCAUCCCCUUAGUGAACAGGCUUUUUGCCUUGCUCGAGAGCUAUUGGCAACAGCAACUGGACCCGGCUCUCCCCACACCACCAGCUGAGAUCAAGGCCAUCGUCCCGACCCAGCAAUCGAUUCUCAAACACCUCUCAGAGAGAGAAUAUCUGAAGCAGUUAGCACCGAAGUCUGUCAAGGAUGCCUCGUUGUUGUCAUUUGACCCAGGUGUUUUUGACAAUGAACUCCUGAAGUUGAAGCUUUACUCUACUGUCGACCCUAAGGAUCCCUCCCACGCCAAGGAGCCCGAAGGUGACAUCGUAGAGGGCACUUACAUGGGGACUCAGAUUGCUCUAACCCAAGCAUACGCCAAAAUCGAACAAACAUUUUCUGCGCUGUUCGAUGUUCUAGGCAUUGAGCCAACACUGCCUCGGUAUAUCCCCCUCGAGGAGCAGAAGAAGCUCUACAACUACUCGGCGUACCCCAAGAAUGCGGAUGGAACGCCUGCGCAGUAUCCUCCCCACCUUCAGACGAUCCCUCCGGAGCACAGUUACACACCUUUUGGUAUUUUCAACGCGAUUGGGCUCAUUGAGACUCAAGUCAUUCUCAAGAAGAUCACACCAACAGAGGAUGGUCUGGUUGGCAAGACGAAAGAGUGGCUGCUUGAGAAGGCCAGGGCAGCAGCCUUUGGAGGCGAUCCUGAGAAGGGGAUCAAAAUCCAGGACGUUGUUGACUACAAUAAAUACCACCGCAAAUUCGGCACUGACAUCAGCAACGGCGGAAAUAUCGGUCUUUUAGACGACUGGUACAGCGAUCGUCGGUUUGCUGAUCAGCAGUUCACUGGAGUCAACCCUACCACCAUUACCAAAGCCUCGCCAGCAUGGAUUGCUGACUUCACCAAGGCGGCCAAGGAUGGUGGGUACAACAAAUGGCUAGACUUCUUCGCCAAGGUGGACAAGUCUUCCCUAUUUGUGCAGGACGGCAGUUACUUUCGCAAGGCUUUUGGCAUCUCAAAUCCAGAACAGGUGCUCCAUCAUAAACAGCCUGGAAGCGAUGACAACUGGUGUGUCGGGGCAGUGACCCUGUUCCAACUUCAUGAUGACGGCAAGCUGCACCCCAUCGCCAUCUGCAUUGACCACAAGGGUUCGAUGGAGAAGUCCACCACCAUCUUCAACAAACGCAUGACACCAUACGACUCAACCGCCGGUGAGAAGGAGGAUUGGCCAUGGCGAUACGCCAAAACAGCCUCUCAGGUUACCGACUGGAUGCGCCAUGAGCUUGCCGUGCAUCUUACGUUGUCUCAUCUUGUCGAAGAGUCGAUCAUCGUCGCCAUCAACCGAACCAUUCCGAUGGAUCAUCCCCUGUACCGUUUGUUAUUGCCUCACUGGUACAAGACCCUCUCCCUCAAUGCUGCUGCUCGUGCCAGUCUUGUACCCCAGGUAGUAGCGGACAUCGUCGGCGUGACUCCAGACCAAGCCUACAGUUUCAUCCGCGACGCCUACGACACAUACGAUUUCGUUGGCAGCUAUGUUCCCAACGAUCUCAACAGGCGUGGCUUUCCCAACACACAAGAGGGACUCAGCCACACUCGCUACAAAAACUACCCCUAUGCCAAGAACAUGCUUGCUCUCUGGCACGUUCUGAGAAACUACGUCAACUCCAUGCUCAGAAUCUCGUUCCCUACGGAUGAGAGCAUCGCAAAUGACAAGUACAUCCAGGACUUUGUUAAAGAAGUCAAAACAGCCGGCUUCAUGCCCUCUUUCCCGGAGCUCAAGACGCUCGAUGCCCUUGUCGACGCUGUCACCAUGUGCAUUCAUAUCGCCUCCCCUUACCACAGCGCUGUCAACUACCUGCAGAACUUCUACCAGGUCUUUGUUGUCUCCAAGCCCCCAUGCUUGUGUAAGGAGCCCCCGACCACAAUUGGGCAGCUCCGCCAGUUCAACGAGUCGGACUUGGUGGCUUCACUUCCUAUCAACAGACAACGGCAGUGGCUUCUGGCUGCACAACUGCCUUGGCUGUUGAGCUUCAAGGUGGAUGAUGAGAGGAGCUUACUCAAUUAUGCGGCCAGCCAGUGGAAUGUGUACCGGUACAAAAAGGGGGCGAAUGAGCUGAAAGUUAAGGAGGCGAGCCAGAAGCUGUAUGAAGACUUGCAGGGACUGCAGAGGGUCUUCUUUCACAACAGCACGGGAAUGGAUAAGGGGAGUAUUCCGUAUAUGGUGUUGGAUCCGGGGUUGACGGCUGUUUCUAUUCUCAUCUAG